UGUGUACUAUCGUAAAACGCUUUGUCUCCGCAACAACAGAGUGUUCGCCUUGUCAGUCCUGGAUGUUGUCAAGCAAGUAAUGUAGAAGAUGGACUACCGGGAGUGUAAUUUUGGACCCUCAUGCACCUGUGAUCAUCGGCCAAGCCUAGUUCAUGGUACCUCGCCCAAUUUUCCAUCACCAAAUCUCAGAGGGAGUGAACCACUGACACUCACAUCACCUCCAUGUGCCAAGAAGGAACAUACUGAGAACAAUCUGAGAAAAAAGGCAAGAGUUACCAGUGUUGGCGCAUAUGACUGCCGAAUGUGUGAAAGGGUGUACCAGACUGAAGAGGAACUGGAGAAACAUCUGCUUAACCAUGCUGAACAUCGCCCCUACAAAUGUCCUCAGUGUCAAAAAGGAUUUAAACAGCCUUGCCAUCUGAAUCAACAUCUUCGAACGCAUACAGAUGAGAGGCCAUUCCCUUGUGAGGUGUGCCGCAAAUCCUUUAAGCAAGCUUGUCAGCUUAAACAGCACAUGCGGCUCCACACAGGAGAGAAGCCUUAUCAUUGCUCCCAGUGCAAUCGUUCUUUCAAGCAAGCUAGCCAGUUAAACCAGCAUGUGCGCCUCCACACUGGAGAAAAACCCUACAAGUGUAGUCACUGUGACAAGACAUUCACACAAGCUAGCCAACUGCGAUCACACAAGAAGACCCAUGAUCCUAAACCUGAGAGGAAGUCCAUGUCAAAAAAGCCGAAGGCAGUCACCCGAGGUGCAGUGGUUUUGCCUACUUUUACCACCAAGGUCUCUUCACAGUCCAUGUUGUAUCAUCAGAAACAACCAACCUUCAGUCCAACUUUAAAAAUGGAUCCACCAUUUAUUGGAAACUUCAAAAGUGCACCACCAUUUGGUACAGGUAUGUCUCAGGUAUGUCACAUGCGAGAAGUACCAGUUUCCUCUAUGACGCAUGACUUUAUGGGAUAGAUCAACCUAGGAGCCUUAAUUUCCUUAUGUAUUUCCAAUGCUGACAAGCAAAAAAACAUGUGAUAAUUACAAGGCUGUGCUCUUCAUAUACAUUUUGCAUUCAUAUACAAGAUUUCUGUUCAGACACUUAAAAUCAUCAAACAACAAUUGAAUUUUGGUGUCCAUUCUGAACCCACAAACCAGACAGAUCUUUGAACAGCAAGAAUAUAUCUAGAAUCACAAAAUCAUUUAAUCAUUUCUAGUAGUUUGCAGCAAGAGAAAUCAACCAAACUUGUCCAAACAAAAGUUUAGAUUACAGCCUUGAAUGCAGAGAUUGUUAAUAAUAAUAAUUGUUCUUGUCAAUGAAUAUUAAAUUAUUGCAGUUUUAUAUAGCUCAUGAUAGACUUACUACAGCCUGGGAUGACAGUGAGUAUGCAAGCAUUUUCUGAAAUUAUUCAACAAAGGGACAAGUAAUGAAAAGUGAAAGCACCUAUGAAAAAAUGAGGAAAAUACAUGUACUUGUAAAAGUCAUGUAACAUUUAAGAAAGCUUAAAUCUUUUCAGUCCUUAAAAAAGAUCCCCUCACAUGUAAUAGUGUACUUUUCAUGGCCAGGAAAAUAGUUCCAUCCAUCGAAAUGCUUGCAUGCACAUUGUUCUUUCAGGUUUUUCUGCAUGAGUUAUGGUAAUAAAAUUACCAUGUAGAGCUUUUUCUAAGCAAGAUGAAUAAUUCCUUUAUAUAAAUAUAUUCCAUUGGUGUAGUGUAGCCUAUGUGGCAUGCAUGUUGGAUGAGUUGUCUUACAGAACUUAGAGAGAUGGGUAUUUAAGGUAUGCAGGGUGUGGCUGUUAUGACUGAGAACAAUGGUCAGCUGUUGACAUUGAAGACCUUUUCAGGAGAGUAUUAAUGGGGUUAACCAAGAGGGGUUUCACAGACUCUUUUAAUUUCUUUUACCUGGGAUUUUCAGUAACAUCCCAUGUAUAGAGUUCAAGUUGUAUACUUCAAAAUGAGUCUCUCAGUUAGUUUGCAAGACAAACACUAAUGCACAAGAUUUGGCACCCAUAGCCCCCUUUGGGAUGCAAUGUGAUCAAUUGACACACCUUUAUUUCAUCAAUAAACUUUAGUGUAAUCUGUCUCUGAUUGGCUUGUUCUUCUCAUAAAAAAUAAACUCUUAAUUGUUGAUUACAUGAAAAUCUAACCUUAUCUGAAAUACCUAUGAAACCUGUCAGUUUUCAAGAAAUUUUGAAUUCUGUUAUUUGCGAAAAAAUUAUUUUUUACACUGCUCACUGAUGAUGCCCUUGCACCAUUGAAACUCUCCUGAAAAAACUUAGCCCAUCAAGUACUAACAUUUCUGAUGCUGUCCCCUCGCAGAAUAAGCACAUAGACAGACUAGAUAUCAGGGUCGUGCAUGCAGCUUUGAUUUAGUUCUUGAAAUAUUUUUGCAUCAUUCAGGGUUCCUAGAAAAUGUGAUUUACAGUGUUGCUCUAAGCUGCAACUAUUUUAGCCUCAAAAGCAACUAGAAAUACAUUUCUUUUUUUUUUUGGUCAAGUUUAACUGAGGCAAGCAGUUUCAUAAGAUGUUGCAUGAAGCUGCCAUACUUUUCUCUUUGAAAACUCUACUUUUGGCAACCAAUCUAAGAUUUAAAUUCACCAAAUGGCCUCUUCCAAAAUAAGUUCAGCUUGGAACCCUGAAUGACUGAAGCUACCAUUGCAAAGUAAUAAAUCGAAGUUGGAAAACAGCUAAGACAUACCUGAGAGCUGUUACAUGUGAACUAUUCACAUGUAACAGUAGCACCCAGAAAUACAAGUUUAGUCUCCAGAUAUUUUUUAGAGUUUUGAGUACACAAUGGAGGAAAUAGCCUAAGUUUAAGAGGACUGAAAUCGUGAGAUUUCUGCAUUUUUCCUCCAAGAAGUUUACAGAGCACAUCUAGAUGAUGAACUGGUGUUUUUAAUUAUUUUGUACAUCAGGGCAGUUGUUAUGUAUUGUUAGUGCUGGUACACUUGUGUACAGUAAUGUCAGUGAUGACUCAAAACUAUUUUUUUUUUUAAACCAAUAUUUGAUAUUAGUUGUAACGUAAAAUUUUGAGCAGUUUCAAAUUUAGUGUUGAUAUUUGAUUGGAGAAGUUACCAAAUUUGUCAUGAGAGGCUGGUGGAUUUAUGUAAUAAUUUACAUUGCAGUAAAUUUCACUUCUAAUUGUUCAGAACAUUAAUGAUACCAUCAUCUGACAAGCCUAUGAAACUCAACAAUAUGAUCAAAAGGCACAAUACUAGAUGAGUUUCUUCUCAACCCCAGAAUUCCAGUUUUGCAACAGUAUUAUUCAAAGCUUCAAAGCCCAAAGCAUGAUGCUGCCAAGGAUGUCCAGGUUUAGAAACACUAAAUUGGACACUGCUCUGGAGAGACACUAAUAAUUUAGUCAUGAGAGAUUAGAAUGUGUGAAUAGUUUGUAGAUAUAUAAAUAUGCUAAGUUAUAGAAGUGUGAGUUAAAUUAAUUUAUCAAUUUUAUAGUUACCGUAAGUUAUUAUUUUGAGGGUAGCCAAUACCUUUUUCUCGUAUGUGUCUGGAGACAAUAAAUCCAAAUGAGGCAGAAGCGUACAUGAAUAUAAAGGAUUAAAAUACACCAUACUAGCAUUCAAUAACAUGCAUAAGCUAGUAGCAUGGAUACCAUGCAGACGGAAAUAAAUUAUAAGGCAAUAUAAGGUGGUGUGUAAAACAUACCAGUAAGGUACCAUCUGUAGUAUCUUCUUGGUGUUCGUCAUGUAUUAAUCAACUUAUGGAGUGCACGUUGGCAAAUAAAGCGAAACCUUUUUUAGAUCUGAAACUAUAAAGCUCUGAAAGGAUUUUAGACUUGAAGAGCUAGCAUUAAGCUAAAGACAGAUGGAGGCAAUCUCUCAAUCUGAUUGGCCAAAAUUAAUUUUUCUUGAUAGUGUAUCUUUAUUCUAAGGAGUAGGCUGAAGUAUGACUUUUAGUUUCCUCAUUUACCGAAAAGAAUGGCUCUGUCAAAAUCCACAACUUUGUAGGUAUCAAUUACUGUGAUUCCAUUUGAUUGUUCACAGCUUUACUUUCUCUUUUAAUGCUGGACUGCAAGGAAAGCAAGGUUGAUUGCAUUCAGUUUUCAAAUAGCUCAAUAAAAUGAUCAAAGAAAAAUACAGGAAAAUACCAAAUAUUCGAAAUAUCUAACUACAAAUUAUCAGGCAUGUAGCUGUUCUUAUUGUAGUAGCUUGACAAGUAAGAAAAUUUAAAUUUUAAACAUCUUUUUUCUUGUUGAUGUUCUUCUACUGACAGAAGUAGAAAGUUGCAAAAACUACCUCUCACCAGAAAUUUGAGUCCUCAAAUGAAAAAAAAAAUUGUUCCUGCAAAGUACAUCUUGUCCACUAGCACUGGAAAGGCUGUGAGCUAUCUUUGGGGCUGAAAAUAUUCCAUAACAAGUUCCAAGGAGGGUUUAUGUAGGAGGCUUUUAGAGAAUCCAACAUACAUUGUGUUAUCUAACCAUUCUGUAGCAGCCUUAAGUCCUAGAAAACACUAACUGAGCUUUCUUUAAGAUACAAGGUCUGGAAAUGUUUCAUAACCUUCAGCUAAUGCCUUCCAAGUUAAGCUUUUAUUGGUUUCUUCCAUUAAUACUGCUGCAUGGUGAUCACAUUUUGAUUUUGCCAAAUUUCUGUACUUGCAACACUGUUCAAAAAUGACAAUAAUUAUCUUGACUACAUUCCCUUGUUACUGGAAAAAAGUAGGUUACAUCUGUAGUGAUGGCAGUAGGAAACAACACACUUCUAAUUCUGACAGUGUGAGUGUUUGUAAUAUAUUUCAAAAUUGAAACAAUUUUCUCUUAAGUAGCAGAGGACAGUUUCUACUUCCUUUAGCAUAUCAUCUUGCAAUAAUACCAGAUCUAAGAAUGAAAUUUUAUGGACUUGAACAUUUUUGUUUUGGUUUAAGUAGAUUUUGAUCUUUAUUUGUAGAAAAACAUAUAUAUCUUCAGAGUAUCCUCUGACUUAUUUUCAACAAUGCCACUUUAAGCAACAGUUCUUUUAACAGAUGUUGGUUGAGCUGUCACAUGAUGCCUUCCUUUCAACAUCAUUAUCAUCAUACCUGUGUGUCUCACCGGCAGAGACUUCUUUACAAGGAAAAAGCAUUCCACCACAGCCCAACUAACAGCUGGGUGAAAGGAUUUCUGUAUCAGGUAAACUAACCAAUUGCUGAGACAUAGACAGCAACAGCCAUGCUGCCUAGCCUGCUGGUGGCCUUCUGACAGUGUUACCUGUCAUUUUGUAACUGUGGUUGCUAUUGUAACUAAGUGUGACCUUUACAGUUAAAAUCAUUUUAUCUCAUGAGAAAAAAUGAUGUGAUAAAACUUGUGUGCAGUUAGUAACUCAUUAUUUUGCAACAUGUUUAUUAGCUCAUGAACAUGUUCUCACCUGUUCACAAAAGCUGUUACUUGUUUUAUGCAACUCUUCGCUUACAAAGUUCAAGUCUGAAGCAUUAUUGUUAUUAUUUUUGUUUUGUUUUUUAUGUUCUUUUUGUUUGUUUUUUCCAUCAUUACUAUUUUCAAGAAGAGAUUUUUAAUAGCUCUUUCAUUUGAUACUGUCAUUCAUGCUGCUCUUAGGGACUAAUGGAGGAAACCAAAUAUGUGAUCUUGUGUAUUAGAGCAGAGAUGUGGAGCAUAUUUUUUUUUUUAACCUUCGGGAUAUUCUUUUUCAACCUUUUGCUAUUCUUUUCUCAAUUUUAUUUGUAAGCCUAACCCUCUACAAUCUUUCUUAAGAGUGUAAGGGUUGUAUAUUAGUUUCAGCUGCUAAAAAGACAAACUUAUGAACCAUAUAUUCCAAGUCUUACUAUAUUAUCAAUGCUAUUAGUUAAAAAAUUAUGAUUAUGAUGUUUUGUUCAGAUCUUGUACUCAAUUUACCAAGAAUUUGGUCCUGUUUUGUUUUAGUCUGUAGUAUAAUGGCUAGUUAAGUUAUUUGUUUUCCUUGAAGAGAUAUAGAUGUGUGUUAGAGAUAUUUAUUUUUGGUUUGUAGAUAGAUACAGGUGUAGGAAUGUUUUAAACUCCUGAUAACAUAUUGUGUACAUAACUAAAAUUGUUGUAACAAGAUAAGAAGGUCCAAUACUCAUUAUUGUCAACAUAACAGGCCCAAAAAAAAAAAACAACCUAUGAAUUCAGUAAAUAAUUUGACGUUCUACUAUGUAAUGUUUGUGAAUCAAGAGUGAAGUUAAUGAGGAAUAAAACACUGGCCUCUCAUGUGGCACCACUUGGAAAAUGU